UUUUUUUUUUUCAGAGAUAACAUGAUGGACCCUACCGCUGUAUUUGGAAUGAUUUUUGGAAGUGAAGUUUUUGAAGAAUAUAUUGGGAAACUUGCACUGCCUUUUUUAGCAUCUAUAGCAAUUGAUGAAGGCAUACAGGAUCCCGAAGUUCAGGGGCAAAAAAUUCAAGAAAAGAUGAAAGCAUGGCAGAAGGAAAGAGAGCAGAAGCUUUCAGCAAUUCUGAUAGACCGGCUGCAACUAUCGGUCGUUGGUCAAGAAGAAGAAUUUACUGCAUGGGCAAAGUCAGAAGCUCGUACCCUUUCUAAAGCUGCUUUUGGUGAGGCCAUGCUACAUACAAUUGGUUACAUCUACACACGAAAAUCGGCAAGAGAACUUGGCAAGGAUUUACGGUACAUGAAUGUUCCCUUUUUGGCUGAGUGGGUUCGAGAUAAAGGACACCGUAUUAAGUCACAAGUAACAGCAGCCUCAGGAGCUGUGUCCCUAAUUCAAAUACAAGAAGAACUCAAGAAGCUAAACGAAGGAGAAAACAAGGAAGAAAGCAUAAUCAAAGCUAUUGAAGAUAAGAAGGAUGCCAUGGUUAAUUCUCUAUGGCAGAUCAAUGUGAUUGAUAUUGAAUCAACUCUGUCACAUGUUUGCCAAGCAGUUCUUAAAGAUCCUAGUGCCUCCAAAGAUGUUCUGAAGGCUCGGGCCAAAGCAUUGAAAAAGUUAGGAAGCAUCUUUCAAGGUGCUAAGGCUCCUUAUAGCAGAGAAAACAACCUACGCAAAGAAAAUGGCAAAGUAGUAGAUGCUCCUUCCUCCUCGUCAUAGUCAUCUUGUUCUCUUUGUUUGAUAUGGUGAUGUGCUGAGUAGUAUUCUACUAUUCUCUGGAUUUUGAACACUGUUUGAUGCAGUGCUCCAUUGCUGUUGAUAGUCAUGCUAUGCAAUAUUGCUUGAACUCAUGGAUUGGACUAACCUGCCAUAAUUACACACUUGGAUUUAAUAAUUUUCAUCUAGUGAUU